GCAGCUUCCCAAUGAGCGAGGGAGAGAGUAAGGAGUAGAGCCAUGUCUGAGGAAUGAAGCAGCAUGGAGACAGAGGGUUCCCCUGCCCAAGUUGACCAGACUCCUCUGAAAGAUGCUGCACAGCCUCCCCUGAGCCGGACUCUGAUGACACAGCCCGGGAACCUCCUGUUCCCCCUGAAAGGGAGAGAGUGAGGAGCAUGAGGUGAGGUGCGUGUGUGUGGCGCUGGGAGGUGAUGUGCCACCUUCCGCGUGCUCCCGCGCACGUCCCCCCGAACCCAGCAGUCCCUGGUCCGAGUUGCCCGCUGUUCGGAUGGAGUAAUUCUGCGGCGUUCACCUGCUGUUCUCACAAAGGGGAAACAUGCCUGUAAUGAAGGGGCUAUUGGCACCUCAGAACACCUUUCUGGAUACCAUAGCAACCAGGUUUGAUGGAACCCACAGUAACUUCCUGCUGGGGAACGCCCAGGUGCACCGGGGCUUCCCGAUCGUUUACUGCUCGGAUGGCUUCUGCGAGCUCACGGGCUUCGCGCGGACCGAGGUCAUGCAGAAGACCUGCAGCUGCCGCUUCCUGCACGGGGCGGAGACCAGCGAGCACAUGUCCCAGCAGAUGGAGAAGGCGCUGGAGAGCCGGCAGGAGUACCAGGUCGAGGUGCGCUUCUACAAGAAGAACGGUACCCCCUUCUGGUGCCAGCUGGACAUCGUGCCUAUUAAGAACGAGAAGGGGGAGGUGGUGCUUUUCCUCUUCUCCUUUAAAGACAUCACGGAGACUCGGGGGAAGGGUCACCACAGUGGCAGGAAAGAAGAGGAGAAGCGCAGGAACAAGAAAAGCGGCAGCUCGCACUUCACGGCCGCCAGGAAGCGAGGUCACGCCGUGCUGUUUCACCUGACCAGCCAGUUCUCCAAGAAGAGCAAGAGCGAGGUGACGCUGAACAACAAUGUGUUUGAGAACAAGCCGUCAGUCCCGGAGUACAAGGUGGCCACAGUCCAGAAGUCGCGCUUCAUCCUGCUCCACUACAGCAUGUUCAAGGCGCUGUGGGACUGGAUGAUCCUCCUGGCCACGUUCUAUGUAGCCGUCACGGUGCCCUACAACGUGUGCUUCACCGCCUACGACGACUCCGACUCCGCCUCCCGCAGCACCAUCGUCAGCGACAUCGUCGUGGAGAUGCUCUUCAUCCUGGACAUCAUCCUGAACUUCCGGACUACCUACGUGAGCCAGUCUGGACAGGUGGUCUACGAUGCUCGAUCCAUCUGCAUCCAUUACGCAGCCACAUGGUUCUUUGUGGACCUCAUCGCCGCCCUGCCCUUUGACCUCCUGUACGCUUUUAACAUCACUGUGACUUCCCUGGUCCACCUGCUGAAGACGGUCCGGCUCCUGCGCCUGCUGAGGCUGCUGCAGAAGCUGGAUCGCUAUUCCCAGUACAGCGCCAUGGUGCUCACGCUGCUCAUGUCCAUGUUCGCCCUGCUGGCCCACUGGAUGGCCUGUAUCUGGUACGUGAUUGGCCGCAAGGAGAUGGAGCACCACGACAUCACGACCUGGGACAUUGGAUGGCUCCAUGAAUUGGGAAAGCGCCUGGAAACUCCCUAUAUCAACAGCACCCUGGGAGGCCCGUCCAUUCGGAGCGCCUACAUCGCCUCGCUGUACUUCACCCUGAGCAGCCUGACCAGCGUGGGCUUCGGAAACGUCUGCGCCAACACCGAUGCCGAGAAGAUCUUCUCCAUCUGCACCAUGCUCAUCGGAGCUCUGAUGCACGCGGUGGUCUUCGGCAACGUGACGGCGAUCAUCCAGCGCAUGUACUCGCGGCGCUCGCUCUACCACACCCGCAUGAAGGACCUGAAGGACUUCAUCCGCGUGCACCGGCUGCCGCAGCAGCUCAAGCAGCGCAUGCUGGAGUACUUCCAGACCACGUGGUCCGUCAACAACGGCAUCGACGCCAACGAGCUUCUGCACGACUUCCCGGACGAGCUGCGGGCCGACAUCGCCAUGCACCUGAACAAGGACAUCCUGCAGCUGCCACUGUUCGAGAGCGCCAGCCGCGGCUGCCUGCGCUCGCUCUCCCUGCACAUCAAGACCUCCUUCUGCGCCCCGGGGGAGUACCUCAUCCGCCACGGCGACGCGCUGCAGGCCAACUACUUCGUGUGCUCCGGCUCUCUGGAGGUGCUCAAGGACAACAUGGUCCUGGCCAUCCUCGGGAAAGGUGACUUGAUUGGGGCAGACCUGCCUGGCCAGGAGCAGGUGAUCAAGACCAAUGCAGAUGUGAAAGCACUGACCUACUGCGACCUGCAGUACAUCAGCCUGCGGGCUCUGCGUGAAGUCCUGGAGCUCUACCCAGAGUAUGCCAGCAAGUUCACCGCCGACAUUCACCACAACCUCACCUACAACCUGCGGGAGGGCAGCAAGGCAGAGGGUCUCUCAAGAUUUGCCCGAUCUCCAAGACUCUCUCAGAACCGCCUGGAGAAUAUCUCGACCUCUGACCACAAGCUGCCGUUGAUCGUGGAGGAUGAGGAUGAGCCCGAGGAGUAUUUCCACCUCUCGCCCGCCACCAAGUCCCGCAGGAAGCUCAUGCUGCCCAGCCUGAGCAGCCCGGUGCGCCGCGGCUCGCUGGGGAACCUGCUGGGGGACGAGCUGCGGCAGUUUUCGGCCCUGCGGCGCUGCCGGUCCCCUGUGAGGGGCAGCCGGGGCAGGAGCCCCUCCCCACAGCACCAGAGAGAGGAGCCCCAGUGCGCCGCCCCCAGCGCUGAGGCCUGUGCCAGCCGCAAGCCUGCCAAGCUCCUCAUCCCCUCUCUCAAUUGCUUUGGCCCCCCUGACCUCAGCCCCAGAGUUGUCGACGGAAUUGAGGAUAAUGGGCGGACGUCAGAGGCACACACGUUUCACUUUAACGUUCAGCACGGCGAGGCAAAGGCCAGCGAGGAAAGUUUUGUCAAAGAAGCCAGCCCCGUGAGCGCCACCCUGCUGCUGGAGACGGAGGAGGUGAGACAGAGCAUCAGCCGGCUCAACCAGGAGAUGAGCCACCUCAACCAGGAGGUUUCCCAGCUCACCAAGGAGCUCCACCACAUGAUGCACUUCCUGCAGGCCCACAUGGCUGUGCAGCACUACACCUCAGCCCUCUCCUCGUACCCUUACGGCGUGCAAAUGGUCUCCAAUCCUCCUUCCAGCAGCAGCAUCGGAGUCAGCGAGUGGCAGCCCCGAGUCUCGUACAACCUGGCCGCGGGGAUGCACAUGCAUCACGAGCCUGUGAACAUGGAGCCCUUGAGCCACGGCAAACCUUGGAGUUACAGUGGAGCCCCUGGUGGCCGCGGUUCCACCAUGGGCGGGCAGCAGGUGGAGAUGGAGAACUACCUCCCCUUGGUUGAUCACUUCCAUCCUCCUUCCAGUCCCCGGGCCGCCUGUUUUCAUGGGGGGUGCUGUGCAGAUGCAGGCAGAACUAUGAACCCAGGGGCAGAGGGCAAGCAGAACUUGUGCCAACCCUCCGGAAGCACCACGGCUCCACAACAACCCCAGAACUGCCCUUCGUUGCUGAACCCUAGUGGUGUCUUUGCAGGAUUUGCUACAGCUCCCCAAGCUGGCUACAGUGGUGCCUCACCUCAUAGCGGACAACAGCUGCGGUCCUCAGUGAAUCUCAGCCAGUCACACCCGACCCUGUGCCAGCCAGCGCCCCCCAACCCUGAAUACAAUUACUCCAAGUCCAACACCCCGACUCCAGUCCAUUCGGCACUGAUUACCCCCAGUUACACUCAUCAUUAUACCUCGGGGUCCCCCAGCCACGUGCAUUCCAGCUCGGGCCCCAAACACGAACAAUUUGCGUGUCUCUCCCUUAGUCCCAGGCAGAACGACCCGGUUGGCUCCAGCCCCUUGCACGUCCUUGAAGUCGGCUCUUUGGAAAUACGGGGUCCCAUCCCAUCUGCCUCAGCACCUUCCCAAAAUUCCAGGAAACCGUCUUUGGGCUCUCAGGAUUCGAAUGUAUCCGGGACCGAGACCUCAGACUCUGGCCAUCCCCUCUGUGACACAGGGAGUGCAGAUCACAUUGGUUUAGAAUGUCUGUCCACUAAGUCAGGGGCCACUGAAGGAAUAGACAUGGAAGCCUCAGAAUCCAGGAGAUCCAGCAUAGGAACACAGACUCAGGACAAUGAAGUCUUCUGGAGCUUAGAGAUGGCCGACUAAGCCUCGUGUUCUUUGAAAGGAUGGCUGGAAUGUAGAGGACCUGACCAGCAAGCGAAAGGGAGUACAAACAUGCUUCCCCAUCCUGGCUGAUCACUGAAAUUUGCUUUCUCCCGAUGGAUUUGUGUUGUUCACAUUCCUUGUUACGCUCAUCUGUAUUGAUUCAAUUAUAACCUCAAUUCCUUGAUUAAUGGAAUUGCAGUUGUCUAUGCAAGGGCAUGAAAUCCACACUGAGUCUUUUUCUUCUACAGCAGACAUACACAACCAGCUCUAAAGACUAAAGAAAUAGGAAACAUCUAAGAAGGUAUUCCUGAUCAUCUAAACAGUUCUCUUCCAAGGUUUUCUAUGUAUGCAAAUAGUAAUGCUACAGGUCUUUGCAAGUGUAUAAAUGUACAGUACAUACUGUAGCUGCAUUGAUUACAUUUGCUAUGACCCUGACAGACAAGCAGUUACAGCAGUAAGUACAGGAAGGUCAGAUCAGUCUUUGUGGUUAACGAACCUGGUGUCAAGAGGUGUUAAAACAAGGAAUAGAGGAGAAGGUUUCCAAAACCUUUUAGAAUUCUAUAGCUUUCUGGAUUUAGGAAAAGGCUAGAGCAGGCUUAGGUUUAAUACUGGCAUACCUUCACUUGUGGUAAAGAACUUCGAUUAUUUUUCCUAAGGAAAAGGCAGCACACUAAAAUGAUUUUACAUUUGAACACAGCCCUGCGAAGAAAGCACAUAUCUUGAAGGCAUUAUAAUAGUUUAAAGAGUUUUACCAACACGCAUGAUAAGUGAAUAUUUGGAACUGCACUGGAAACUCCAGUUUUAUCUGUAUUGUAAAGAACUGAUAUGCCUUUUCAAUCUUUUUAAACCAAUAUAUAUCAAACAUGUUUUCUAUGAAGCGCGAACAAUGCACUGAAUGUUCGGGAUAUAACCAGUUUUUUUUAUUGAAUAGAUGUUUCUUGGCAUGUGUUUGUACCAUCUUUGCAGACAAACUGGGGACAAGGUUUUGUUGCCAGUUAACCAUAUGGGAUAUGGUAGCCUCAAAUGUCAAAUAUACAGCUGGUUGCAAAAUAAGUCUUUGAAGAUUGCUUCUGUAUGUCAAUUUAAUAACUUUUAGGUAAUUUGGUGCACGCCGUUUAAUCUGCAAGCAUUCCUUUUUUGUGAUUUGAACCAUUUCAAAUCCGCUUUUUGCAGUGUUUGUGUUAUCCUUUGUCAUUCCAUAUUGAGGCACCAGGCUGUUCCCCAGUUUUGCUGCUGUUUAUUUCUAAUAUACAGCUUUUGCUAUAUUCUGUCCGUUUCGGCUGGGAUUUGUUUGAAUGCGUUUUGCUGCUACAAGAUAAAUGUUUUAAAUCAUUCUUUUGGUUAUCGCAACCCUGCAAAAAAAAAAAUCCCUGAACCACAAAUACUUGCAAGCUAUUCCCAAAGUAAAAAGCCAUUGUUCUAUUUUAGAUUAUAUUGCUAGGGAAUUAAUGGAUUAGAUACUUUUGACUAAUGCUUGUGAAUGACUUAAGAUUUAGGAUAAGAAUCUCUGCAGACUAUUUUAUACUGCAAGCAGAGGGUCAUGUGAGGUUUAUGCAUGGUAGCAUGCAAACAUAUUUCUGUUACUGAACUAGGAUAAGUCUUUGACCUGUGACCUCCUUCAAGUAAUUAUUAGCUUGUAAGUUACUCCUUAAGCUGAACCAAUGUAUCUGUCUGAAACAGUCAGAAGGUGUAUUUGGGUUUAAAUAGCCUAUAUACAUUGUGUAACAAUUCAAUAUAUACAGAAUUGAAGGGUGCUGAUGAUGUUUCAUGACAGUGUCUAGGCUUUAUUAGAAGAGUCUCUCUCACUUUAAGAGAUGUAUAAUCUACUCCUUAAUAACAUCUGCAGGGCUCAGCUGUCAGCCCGUUCAUUUGAACAAGCUCACAAGGUGUCUCGGAAUACCUCUCUUUUUUAAUCUCCUGUAGAAAAGUAUUAAAAUUUUGAUUGUUUAGGAGCAAGAAUGACCCAAAGCUUUGUUCUCCCCUGGGCAAGUCUAGUCAGUGCACAGCAUGUAUUAUUACAUACAGUGUGUUCUAGAACUGAUGUUUUAAAAUCCUGUGUUUAUAGGGACAUGAUGUUAAAAUGACACUCAUAUCUGCUGUCUUGAAAAUUUACAGUACUUAAAAAACAUUUACAUUCUUAAUAGAGGGCAAUAGAGUAACCCUGUCAAACUAUAUAUAGCUUUAAUGUAGUAGAAGCCACCAUUAGUGCCAUUACAUAACUAAAAUACAAAGCCCAUAUAAUACUUGUAUACUGUACAGUAGCUUCAUUUUGUAUUUGAAACUGCAAUUGAUGAAAAAAGAUACAAUUUUUCUAAAACGUUUUUUGCAAAAUCCCAAUUGAACAUUUUCCUUGGGUUGUCAGAAUCAAUAUUUUCCCAUAUCCAGGACUCCCCAGCACAGACACUCCAACAGGCAGAAACAGGGGUCAUUUCAGCGUUUAAAAGACCAUGGAUUUGAGAUUCAUUGAAUUGUAAUUCACUGGGCAGGGAAACUGAUCAAUAGGAUAGAAAAUACUGGAAUGUAUGUAUGUUCAGAAUGCUGUUAGAGGAGGUAAUUUAUGUGUAAUUGUAAUCAUCUAUUAAGGAAUGGUGCAUACUAUUCCCUUUCAACCUGUCUGUUUUUUACAUGCACUUUGUAAUGGCUGCAUUCUGAAAGUCAGUGGACGCUGGCUAUCAUCCAGGCAUUUGGAGCCUACCCAGAAGUUUGGCCUGAUAAGGCUCCUGUUCCUUCAGGGACUCCAGAUUGCAUUACAUAAGAACUAAAGAUGGUUACAAACCUGAAGAAGUCAUUUGGCUCAUCUCAAGUUCGGUUAAUGGUCAUCUAGGCCAUUUUUGAUGUUCAACUUUCUAAAUAUGAAGGCGAUGUUGAGUGAACAGGUGAACAAAUGAUGGUAUGAACAGGCUCUAACCAUGCGGGUACCAGUGAGGUCACCAUUGGAGACUCAUUGAAAAGAUGAGUGGAAGAGAUUUUCUUGUCUAUAAUACAAACAGGCGUCACUCUGAAUUCAGAGAUGCCUAAGGCCACAUGAGUUAAAGGAGCUAGUCACUUUCCCAUCCACCACCUCUUCCACAGUGGUCAUCGUCUCGUGAGUGGUGCUACAGUAGGACAAGUGGUCAUCCUGGGACAUGCUGACCUACAAUGAUACACUGUCCACUGUGCAGUGAAUUAAUGAAAACAGCCUGGACGUUAUUGAAAAGCACUUUAAAAUGGCUCAGUCAGUCUGUUUCUAUCUGAAUAUAGGCAGAGCUUUCACCCCUAUAGACAUGUUUUAUUUCCCAAAGAACACUGCUAAAGAACCUAGAUGACUUCACGAUGAAGAAGCCCAGCACAGUACAUAGGACCAUAAGGAAGGUUACAAAUGGUCCGUUUAUUAAUUAACGGUUAAUUGAAAUUCAGAGAGCAUACCCUUUGUAAUUUGUGUAAUAUUACACAAAGUGUAUGCAAGGCAGCUCUGCAGUCCAUGAACCAUGUUGAACAAACACAGGGUUCGUGCAAUGCAAGGUGCUUUUCAAAACUGACACAAAGUUGGUUCAGGCAAAGGUACUAAGAGAUUUGGAUGGACAUAGAAAUAUAAUGCCCACAGCUCCUCCCCUCUUCCAAAACAGUGUAAGUCAGGAACUGAGACAGCAGCCCCGUCUUCUUUGUUUUGAAGAAAUUGGGUUUAUUGCUUACCUGUACUUAUUUCUGUAGCCACUGAAUUCUACAAGUUCCUAAAGUACACCCCAAAGUACAUUCAUCAAACAUAAAAUCAAACCUAUAGCCUUGAUGAAACAGGUUAAGGCUUUGUCCUAAAUGUAUUCUUUUGGUGGCACAAUUCUACGAGCACUUUUAUAGCAAGAUUGUUUCUAUACGUGGUUAUUUUGUAUUUCCUGCUGAACGCAACUGUGAUACCUACUGUGACUGCUUUCUAGUUGCUUGCUUGUAUAUCUGAUCCAUUUGUCAGCACCAUAGAGAUUCCCAUUGGGUGAAAGAUGGAGGCUCCAUUCAGAAUGGUCACGAAUCUGACUGCACAUGAAUACAAGCAGCGCCAUCUCUGGUUGGGUUGGGAAACAACAACCCUUUACAUUUUCAGACUAUUAUAGCUUUUCUUCCUGGUUCAAAUCAAAGCAGAUAUUACAGCUGGGAUAGAUGCUUCUCCAGAAUGUCUAGGGGUAAUUUAUCAUCUCUUUUCAGCAGGGUAGCUAUUUCCAGACAGCACUGAAUAGCAGCGCUUCGACAAUGAAAAUUGGUUUAAGAUUAAUUAGCAUGAAAAUACAAUGGCCACUGUUUCCUUAUUGUCAUUUGAUGAAUUUGUAAGCAAACUGUCUGAAUAAAAAAAACACA